AUGUCUCAGUCAGCCAGCACAACAUCAAGGCAGUCGUCGCUGCCGCAACUGACAUCGUCUCAAGCGUCUUCUACUAUCACUUCAAGUGCAUCAUCGAGCUCUAAUUCUGAAUCCCAAAAUAGCACAGGGUCUUCUUCGGCGAACUCCUCAGCUUCGUCUUCAGGAAGACCUCGUCUCAGCUCUAGCACAACCAGCUCGGGCAUGCCCCAGCUGACAACGACCUCCCAGACGUCCUCUACAAGUUCUUUCAGCACCCCAGCGAUUUCGGUGCCUCCGUCUAAUAAUAACCCAUUCAUUUGGAGGUCGUCUCAACCUUCCGGAACUGUUUUUAUUUCAAUUGGAGCCGUUAUGGGACUGGGUAUCAUAUGCUUUAUUAUAUAUAUCACUUGGAAAAGCUUGAAAUUCAAAAGACAGGCAAAGACUGGAGGAUUUUAUGAUAGUGAUGAUUCGUACUCCCACAAAUACGAUACCAAGUACUAUGGAAACGAUUUGACUACCACGCCUUCACGGGUCCCAUUCAUGGCUCCAGAUCUCAGAUCUACAACAGACAACACUUACUAUUCCAGCAGUAACUCGGAACCUGGUGUUAAUGCCGGUGCUUUCGAUUCAAUUUCGACGUUUCACCACAAGUCAAAACAACCACUUGAUACCACCAGAAUGUACGUUUCUCCUACAGGUGACGCUAUAAAACACAGUAGGAAUUCUGUGCUUCUUCCGAGCGUUAAUAAUGGGAAAUUUGGUUCUGAUACAUCCAUUCUCUCACCAUCUAUAAAGCAAAGUUACCAAUAUAAAUCACCCACUGGUCACCAUAGGAGCAACAGUUCUCAGCAACUGUUCAUGAGUCCCAUGUUAAGCACUACUUCUUUAGCCGACUCCAAAAUUCAACAGCAGCAGCAAUCUCCAAGCGAAAAGAAGUCAAAAAGGAAUGCUAAGCGUAAAACCGUUCCAAGUAUGUACUUAGACCAACUGAUGGAUGGUGAAGGGACUGAUGACUUAGUUUAG